AUGGUUUUCAAACUUUUUUCUUCAAGAAAUAUUGGGAAGAAGUUGGUACAGAGGUAUGGGAACUUGUUAAGAAGGUUUUUUGCUGGGUUUAAUCUGGAUAGUGCUCUGUUUGACACUUUGGUGGUGCUGAUUCCUAAAGUUGAUAACCCGUCUCGCAUGAAAGAGUUUCGUCCUAUCAGCCUCUGUAAUGUCAUCUACAAGAUUAUAACUAAGCCAAAGAGGGGUUUGAGGCAAGGAGGCCCUAUGUCUCCUUAUUUAUUUGUUAUUUGUAUGGAGAGGUCGAGUUGCCUCAUUGCUAGGCAAGUGGAGGUUGGUAGGUGGAAACCAGUGACUGUGUUUAGGGGAGGUCCUGUAAUCUCCCAUCUCCUUUUUGCAGACGACCUUAUCCUUUUUUGCAAAGCGAAGAAAUCUCAAGUGCUUCAUGUUUUGGACACUAUGGCCGCCUUUUGCAGAGCAUCUGGUAUGAAGGUGAAUUUUAACAAAUCACGUGCUAUCUGUUCUAUGAAUGUUUCUAGACAACGCAAGGAUCUCUUCACUGGUAUUUCUUCUAUCCGCUUUGCUAAUUCUUUGGGAAAAUACCUUGGUGUCCCCCUCAAGCAUGGCAGAGUUACUAAAGCUGGUUUUAAUGAUGUGGUUGAUAAGCUUACUAAUAGGCUAGCAUCUUGGAAAGGUCGCUUCCUUAAUAAAGCUGGUCGAAUUUGCCUUGCUAAAUCAAUUUUAUCUUCUAUACCUAUUUAUAGUAUGCAAGUCAAGAUUAUGCUUCAGAAAUACCUCCAGAAUAGAAACCUAUUUGCAGUUAAAGCAAUGGGUUCUUCAUCAUAUAUAUGGAAGUCUAUUGUGCACACAGCUUCCGUAUUAAAGGAAGGGUUUGUUUGGGAAGUGGGAGCUCUUUCUAAGAAUUUCUGGUUUGACUCUUGGUUGCACUCUGGGCCAGUAGGAGCGAGGGUUGAAUUUCUUAAUAUCUGUGAGGCUGCUUUGACCAUUGAAGAUGUUUACCGUGAUGGAAAUAAGUUGAAUUGGGAUAGGAAUAUCAAUUGGCUUUGGCUUUGGAAGGCGCGGGUCCUUGAAAAGUUGAGGCUCCUAGUGUGGCUUUGCCUUCAUGAUGCUGAUUGUGAAGUGGUGCGAUCAGUUUGGGUUUCUCUAGGUUUUUCUGAUGUGAGUUUCUUUGGCUCUCACGAGGUGCAUGAUUGGUUCAAGCAUGGCCUCCUCAAUGAAGGUUGUUCCAAAUUUGCAGCUAUAAUAUGGUCAAUUUGGCAAGACAGAAAUAUUGGGCUUAAAACCUCUGUCUUGGUCUCCGCCAGAAUCUUGUGCUUGGAAGUUAAAUUAUUAUGGGAGUGUGAACUUGGGGAUGAUUGUGUUGAUUUUGGAUGGGUAAUUCGCAAUAGCUCCAGUCAAUGGGUAAUGGGAUGCUCAGAAAAUUCCUUUGGAUUUAGUGUCCUCAAGAUGGAGUUGUGGAGUAUAUGGAAAGGUUUGGCUUGGGCUUGGGAGGCGGGUCUUAAACUUGUUGUCUGUGAGACAGAUUGCACAGCAGCUUUUGAGCUAGUGACUGGUUGGCAAGUUUCACUCUGGCAUCUUGAAAAAGAAGUGAUACAACUGAUCUUUGAGUUGAAGUUAAAAAGGGAUUAG